ACAAAAAUACACACACACACACACACACACAUCUUAAGAUCUAAAAACAAAGUAGUAUAAUCAAAUUUUUGUGUCAUAUGACGUGUCUGAUCCUGACUGGCCAUUUCAUUGGGAGGUCUUAUAAUUUUUUCAGUGGUAAAAGUCACUCCUCCUCCUUGAUAUCACCCACUUAAUUUCCUCCUUAGCUUUGGUUUGACUGUGCAGAAAUGUUACGUAUUUCAACUGCAGCAUUAUUGCUCUUUGGAACGGGUUUUCUCCAAGUUACAUUUUCAACAGCAAGCACAAAGGCUCAGCCAGGACAAAGUGUCUCUAUGUGGUGUCCACAUGCUAUCAAUGGUACUGGACACCUGUACUGGUUCAAACAAACAGACGGUGAUGUACCAGUUCCUAUUGUGCACAUGUUAUACAAUGGAAGUCUUCAGAAGGUAGAGGCAAAUUAUUUCAACAAUUUCACAAACGAGCACCUGGUCAUGCAUCAGUUCAUCAAAAGCACGACCCUAACAAUUAAGAAUGCAAGUACUUCUGAUUCUGGCUUCUAUUUUUGUGGAGCUAUGGGACAGCACCACAUGAUAUUUGGUGAUGGAACCAGGCUUGACAUAAAAGAAAAGAAUGUCAUAUCAGAGACAAAUGGCACAAGAACCUCAAAAAAGGAUGAUGAGAAAUCGCCCGUGUCUAGUACCGAGGAGUGUUCAGGAGACAUUUUUUUCACGCUGACCCUCCUAUUUGGUGGCAUCAUUGUUUUUACAUGUAUUAUUCCUCUCAUUUUAGCGAUUAGAAGGGAACAUAAAAGGCAGAAGCAAGUCACUGAAUGUCAAGCACAACAGCAUGAUGACAAGGAAAAUGAUUCAGUAGAAUAUGCUGCGGUGCAUUUCAAAAACAAGAGACCCAAAACAGCAGGAAGACAAGCCGAGUACUCAACUGCUGUGUACACUGACACUACUUGAAACAUAAAACAAUCUAAAACUUAUUUGUUAAUGAACUAUGGUUAUUAUUACCACCCGAGUAAUAUCACAAUUUAUUUUUUUAAGUGUAAUUAUUGGAGGUCAAAUGGUUAGUUUCCAACUCGCGAGUUUCCAACUCAGUGUCAUAAGCUUCAUCCCUGGGCCUUCACAGAAUUAAAAUGAGGAUAAAAUCAGGUUAACCAAUUGUGGGCCAGGUAAAAUGUAUCAUGUUGAGAAUAUAAUUCAGAAAUGUUCAAUAAAACACAUGUUCAAAGACACACAAGAGUGAAAGAUGCUUUUUAUCUGCUUUAGCUGUAAAUCUGCUUUGGAAAAAUGUAUUCUCAAAAGAGCUAGGGGGAAACUAUGGGCAGCAAAAUCAGUAAACAAAGCAUCAAAUCAAUACAUCUGAUCAAUAAUGAUACUUCUUGUUUUGAACUGGCAAUAUGAGCUGUGGAGUUGCCUGUUGAUUGACAGGUUUGUCAUAGUUUGGAUAUUUGCAUAAGCCACACCCCCUCAUAUAAAUAAAGCACAUUGAUUUCCUCAUCUUAAUUUCCUCAUGUGUUAGUUUGAUUCAGUACAGUGAUGGAUCAUUUAAUCAUUUCAGCGCUGUUGA